GAUGAAAACACCGCAUGCCCUCCAUAGCUCUUAACACCUCGUCGAGAGACAUCUGCCUCUGCGUAGGACACACAUCCAUCAUCCUUUGCCGCGAUCCUCAUACCGCAUCCCAGAUUCGGUUUCCUGGCUCACUUGGAGGAGGCGCUGCAAGAUGGAUGACGUGAUCCGCUUCCUCAAGGCCCACAAGGGCCAGAUCAUCAAGUACGGCAAAAAGUUGUUCAAGGCCUUCUCGAACAAGAACAAGCAGAAUCAGCAGCAAGGCGGGCAGGGUUACGCCCCGCAACAACAGCCAUGGCAACAGCAACAACAAGGCGGCUAUGGAGGAGGAUAUGCGCAAGCACCGCAGCAACAGCAGCAGCCAUGGUCUCCGCCUCAGCAGACUGGCCAUGGUAUGCCCCAGAGUCAUCCUCCGGGUGUCAAGCCUCAUCAUGGAAAGUACGAUGAUAACCAAGUGAACCAAGCUAACGAGCGCUACCAGCAACUGCGUAAUCAGGCUCGGUCGGAAGGUGAUCAGAUGGCAAAGUGCUUUGACGCUUCUCACAAGGCCUACUCAUCUGGCGAUGGAGCGCGCGCAAAGGAGCUGAGCAAUGAAGGCAAGAUGCACAAGGAACGUAUGGAGCAGCUGAACCAAGAAGCUUCCGACUGGAUUUACAAGGCUAAUAAUGAGGACAGCGGACCCGAUGAGGUUGACUUGCAUGGACUGUACACUGCAGAGGCCAUCAAGAGGACAGAGCAGGCGGUGCAACAAGCCCAGCAGGCUGGCAAGCCCGAGCUGCGCAUCAUCGUUGGCAAAGGUCUUCACUCAAAGGAUCACGUAGCCCACAUCAAGCCCGCCGUCGAAAAGCUCAUGCGAGACUACAACCUUGCAGCCCACCUCGACCCCCACAAUUCUGGUGUGCUUGUCGUGAAUCUUCAAGGCCAGGGAUCUCGCGACGUUGGCAGCUUCACAAGAGAUCUCGCAAAGCAUGCCAGCGGAGACGAGGAGCAAUGCACCAUUAUGUGAUGUUGUCCGGCCAGCUGUCAUUUCUGCUUCACUAGAUACCUUUGGCUCCGAGCCAGCUUGCCUGCAAUCAAUUGGUUCUCGCACACCCGCUCACAGUGUGGUUGUCCGGAUCACAUAAUCUACAUUCGAG